AUGGAGAAACCAUGGAAGUGUGGCGACUGCGGGAAAGGCUUCCGUGUCCCUUCUGCCCUGGAGACACAUCGGCGCAGUCACACCAGGAAGAAGCCAUUCUCCUGUCCUGAGUGUGUUAAGGCCUUCAGUGAUUCCUCUGCCCUGCUGAGGCACUGGCGGCUGCACACAGGGGAGAGGCCCUCCAGCUGCCCUGAGUGCAGGAAGAGCUUCAGCGAUUCCUCCGCCCGGCUGAGGCACUUGCGUGUUCACACAGGGGUGAGGCCCUUCAGCUGCCUCAAGUGUGGGAAGGCCUUUAGCGAUUCCUCCGCCCUGAUGAGGCACCAGUGGGUGCACACAGGGGACAGGCCAUUCCGCUGCCCCGAUUGUGGGAAGGUGUUCCCUAGCUCCUCCCACCUCGUGAUUCACCGGUGGGUCCACACCG